CACAUCGCAACUGACCUUAUAGACUUGCUCGAUCCGAUUCCGGCUGACGCACCUUACGAUAAACUCAAAGCCGCCGUAUUAAAGCGCACCACGGCCUCCGACGAAGCUAGACUUCGACAAUUACUUUCCGGUCUUGAACUAGGUGAUCGCACGCCGUCACAACUUCUCAGGCACAUGCGUACGUUGGUCGGUUCCUCUAAGGUCGAUGACACGAUUCUGCGACAGCUCUGGACGAAAUGUCUUCCAUCGAACACCUCAGCUCUUCUCGCCGUCUUCGCAGAUGAUUUGUCUUUGGACAAGCUGGCUGAAACAGCAGACAAAGUUCAUGAGUACUUUCAUCAACCCGCAUGUCACGCAGUUGAGUCGAACGCUAACGCCGAUCUUAAAACUGACCCGAUUGAAACCAUUUCUGAGAGGUUAUCGAAACUGGAGCUCGCCAUCUCGAGCAUUAAUCGCUACCGUGGUAGAAGCCCUAGACGCUCCUCUCGAAGUAGACGUAGUCCCGCCAGGAGUUCGAAACGUCAUUUCUGUUGGUACCACCACCGUUUUGGCGAUGAUGCAAGGAAUUGUCGACCUGGUUGUAACCAUCCGAAGUCAUUCCACAAACCGCAGCAGGGAAACCUCCACGCCAGCCAGUGAUGGCGACGGCUGCGUCUGGCCAAUCUUACAGUCGCCUACUUUACGUCUACGAUUCCUCAACCAAUUUGAACUUCUUGGUUGACACCGGUGCCGAGGUCAGCGUUAUUCCUCGUUCUGCAGAAAAA